UUAUUCAAACCUCGUCUCUUCAUCUCACUUCAGCGCCAUGCCGCUGCACUCAUCAUCACCAUGAUCCUCGGCAUCUUUUACGCGCGAUUCUUCCCCCAGGAAGGCCCCAAAAUCGUCGCCCAAUCCCCCCCAGGCUGCAUCACCGCCUUCAACCUAUCCUCAUCCUCCGGCAACAACAACAACAACAACAACAACAACACCACCAACAACAACACCACCACCCCGCUCAUCGACUUCGAGAUCCUCCAGGAAUACAUCAUCCCCCGCCAGGCCUUCUGCAACCGCUACGUCUCCGUCAACUCCCCCGACGGCAAGUACACCAUCCUGGGCUUCCCCGUCGUCAUCCCCCACACAAAGUACAUGCGCAACGAGUUCAUCUUCAACUUUGGCCUGCUCGUCGACGCCGAAUGCGACCACUCGCCCUUUGAGACCGUCGUCCGCUGCCUCGCCGAGACCUUUGCCGAGAUGGAGAAGCAGAACGAGUACCUCAGCCUCAGCGAGGCAAAGGGGCCCGAGGACGACGCCGUGCGCAGGCCCAUUGAGAGCCUGCUGGAGAUUGUCAAGGAGGAUCUCAACAACUACGGCGAGUGCAUGAUUCCGGUUGACGAAGCAAACAUCAUCAACAUGAAGCUCUUCCCCCACCACGCCACGCCCCCCGUCGUCAAGGGCUGGCACGUCCCCGUCGCCCGCACAAAGUUCCCCGAGAUCGUCGACCCGACCUGGGACAUCACGCUGCAAAAGGUCGUCGCCAGGAUCGACGGCGUCUCCGACGUCCGCCGCAUCGCCCACGAGGCCUGCGUCUCCCUCGACCUCGCCAAGAUCGCCAUCCGCCACCUGCUCUACUACGACACCAUCCUGCUGCUCGACAUCUUCUUCUUCAGCUCCUGCUACGCGCCCCGGCCGGGCAUCCACGACUUCAUCCGCAACGUCGACGGCAUCGUCGACGAGUGCGCCGGCUACGUCUCCCACGGCAGGGCCCGCGUCAGCAACUACCUGCUCAUCCGCUUCAUGGCCUCCUUCGCGCCCGGCAAGAGCGUCAAGGAGUGGAUCAUGAACCACCGCGACGCCGGCUUCGAGCUCAUGUCCUACAUCGACAUCCGCCGCUUCGUCCAGUUUGGCGUCAUCAAGGGCUGCCUCUACCGCGUGCACAAGUACGUCGUCUCCAAGCAGUAUCUCGCCUCGCUCGCGACGGGGCAGAGCAGGCCGCUGGCGGGCGGCGACCCGUUGCAAAAAUACACCGACGGGUGCCACCACAUGGAUCAGAUCAUGACGGAGCAGAACUUGACCAAUGACCAGGUCAUGGAUAGGCUCAAGAUGUUGCCCGUUCCCAGGGGCGACAUCACGGUGUUUUACAGGUAGCUUUCUGGAAGAAUAAGGAGUUUCAGGAGUAUCAUUUUGAUAUCUAUACUAUAUACAGCAUCUAGGUUUUCGUGAAAUCUAUAUAAUCAUAUCAUACAUGCCUUUUCUUCCCUUUCCCCCUUUUUUUUGAUAAUGUUACAACGCGAUG